AUGAGCGAUACUGGCUCCACGGGCGAGAUGUCGCAGGCGAAGAAGCCACGAGCGAGCCGGCCAAAGGUUAAAACUGGCUGUGUGACUUGCAAGGCUCGUCGGGUAAAAUGCGACGAGGCAAAGCCUCAUUGUUUGAGAUGCUCAAAUUUCGGUCGGAUAUGUGGCGGAUAUCCCUCGAACGAAGAUAAUCCUCGUCCCAAAGCACCCAGUCUACAAGUACCUAGAAGGCUGUUGUCCAAGGCUAUGCAAGGAUCACCAUCACCUUCCAGGACUCCUUCGCCUGCCCCUAGGCCCGCCCCUACGGUUCGUCAAUUAGGUCUCCCGGUUGGUGUUGUGUUCCAGGAUGAGAGAGAGCACCAAUACUUUCUCCAUUUUAGAGACGAGACGGCAAUCGAAAUUUCUACCGGAUUUGAUCCAAGCUUGUGGAACGUCCUCGUCCUAAAGGCCUGCGACAUUCCUGCCAUACGGCAGUUAGUAGUGGCAACUGCGGCGUUGAGUCUAGCCAUGACAAAAUCAGAACUAGGCGCCCGAGAUAUCGAUACUAGUGCGCAUCAUCAGUAUGCAUUGCAAAAAUAUGGCGAGGCUUUGAAAGGGAUAAGAGAGAUGGUGGCUAACGGUCAGGAUUCUAUCAGAAUAGCCCUUAUUAGCGCUCUGCUCAUAUUUUGCUUCGAGACUCUCCAUGGUGAUCUCGACAGGGCGAUCGACCAUGUACGGAGUGCUGUGGAAAUGAUAGUUAAGGAAAUAUCCAGCACCCCUCAAUCCUUCUACUUCACACGUACCAAUACCCUUGGGGCUAGGGGAAGCUCAGCGAUUGAUGAUGAGCUGCUCACAGCUUUCAUGCGCCUGGACCGUCCAUCCCUCACAUGUUUGAGCAAGAACGAAACGCGAAUGCCCGAGCCAAACCGAAUAUUCAGCAGUUUGUUUUCUCAGGAACACCUUGAGAUCCCUGGAGGAUUUGAAACUACGACUGAAGCAAGGGCUUACCUCGAAGAUAUCAAAUGGCGGAUAAUGCCGUCUGGCCAGCCCCCCGAAUCUAUUAAAGACUUAUGGAACAUGGAGUCUAACGAUAGCCCCAAUCUCGAUUUGGUCACCCUACCUGCUCAAUUAAGAGCGUGGUACAAGUCUUUCGGCGUCGAGAAUUCAAAGAAUACAAGCCUGGAGCUGGCACACUGGCAUGACGCAUUCUCGUCUAUCUUGAAUUAUUCCAUGACUCCCGCUGGGGACUCUCUCUUUGUAGCGGCAGUUAUGCUUCAUAUCCAAGCACUAUCUACCGAUCUACUCGCCAACGGAUUCGCAUCAUCAAACUCAGCUCCAGUUGGUUCGUCUGCUGGAGACUUGCAUAGCUUUCCAACGGUACACGCAAUUCUAUCGCUCUCCCGACGCCUUGUAGCCCACCCCAAAUUCCUACGAGCUUUCGUAUUCGAUGUUGGCAUCGUACCCUCACUUGUCAAUAUAUGUAUGCUUUGCCCCGACCAGGAGUUGAAACUAGAAGCAAUUGAUGUUCUGAAGUCUAUGGUGCCUAGAAGAGAGGGGUGGUGGGACAGUAGAGUUGCUGUCGAAGCAGGGGAACGAUGGUUGCAACAAGGAGAUGAGCAAGUAGAUUUUGAAAUGGUCGGCUAA